CAUCCGAUCUUCCUUAACCCUGCUCAACCGUUAUCAUCCGUUUUUUUAUCCGUCUAGAACACAAGACAUCUUACUCAACCGCGAUCAGACGAACCUUGGGAACACCCACCCCAAUCCCCCUGCCUGACUGUCCUACAGUGUAAAUUCGGUCAUAAAAUUCCCUGGCAUUGCACACUCCUGAAUCGUUCUAGCAACGACUCCCCGCUAUCUGCUGUCAGUGCUGCUCGUCCCUGCUCCAGCCAUGGCUCUCUCCUCCAUCGCAGCCACGUCGGCUCAUGUUACCGCCGCGCCGAGGCUGACUGCUGCUGUCAGCCAGGACAACGCGCUUAGCGCCGCUGGCCUCGUGCCGCUCAAGCAGCGCACUCUCCGGACCGGAUUCCUGGGCGACGCCGUUCGUCAGCAUGCUCAGGCUCGCGUGUCGGCCGUCCAGGCGCCGGCCGGCAAGUCAACCGGCCUGAUGGUGACGGCGCGCACGUCAGCCGUGAAGCAGUACGAGGUGGAAGUCGACAAGCCUCUCGGGCUUACCCUUGGCGAUAAGCCCGGCGGCGGCGUGCAGAUCACGGGCGUCGCCCCCGGCAGCAACGCCGCGCGGGCGGGCAUCAAGACGGGCGACCAGGUGAUCUACACGAGCAGCUUCUUCGGCGACGAGCUGUGGCCGUCCGACAACCUGGGGUUCACGCGCACCGCCGUCAACGCUAAGGCUGACUCCGUCUACUUCGUGCUCGCCCGGGGCGGCACCGUCGACGUCAAGCGCCUGCCCAAGCGGCCGGCGCCCUCCCGGUUCGGCCGCAAGCUGACGGAUGCUCAGAAGGCCCGUGCGACGCACAUCUGUUUGGACUGCGGAUACAUCUACACCCUCGGCAAGCCAUUCGAGGACCAGCCCGACUCCUUUGAGUGCCCGCAGUGCUCAGCACCCAAGAAGCGCUUUGCCCGCUACGACCCCGAGACUGACCGGGCCAUUGGCGGUGGCAGCACGCCCAUUCUCUCCCUCAUCUCCAUCGUUGUUGGUGUUGCCGCCAUCGCUGCUGCUGCCUUCUAUGGUUUCCAAUGAGAGAAACUGGGAGAUCUUGGAUGCUGAGUGGUUUGCGCAGGAUCUCUGUACAGUAACAAAUGCCCUCUCGGUACAUAGAAUUGGAAGCAUUUACUACCAUGCCUUGCAGUUACUAUUACUGUGUCAUCUCAGGUUGUGAUACAGGGCCCCAUCUUCCACUUCAGUUACAGUCUGCAGAUGAGUUGAAAAAAAAUUGGAAGAAGAG